ACAGCGAUAACACUCGAGAUGUCAGCCAACUUGUUGACUCUACUGGGUAACAUCACCGUCGACUCGGGUGGUUGCCCCGACCCGUUCAUCAGUGAAUCCAGAUAUCCCUACAAAGAAGGCUAUACCGGUGGCCGCAACUGCGCAAAAAACCCCUUGGACACCACAGGCACGGGCUCCAAAUGCUGCGUCCCCUGUCCCCUGUCCUCUUAUGUAAACUCCUCCUCCUUCCCCGCCCUAGCAGACGGCGCAGCAUGGGUGAAUGUGGUCGGUUUCAUCCUCUGCGGUUUCCUACUGCUCUCCUACGCAGCACUUCCCGCCAACGCUACUAGACGAUCAUUCCUGAACAUCGCAUUGCUAGUGGGAAUCAUGAUCAUGGAGUUGGGUUUUAUCAUCCCGCUUGCCAGACGACCUGAGCAAUGUUUCGAUCCGGUGACGCCGAAUGAUAUGAAUAGUAGUAAUGCUUGCGCUGUUGGUGGUGGCAUGGCUGUGUUUGGUGGUAUGUUGACGAUUUGCUGGGAUAUCGCGCCGGGGAAGAUUUCAAUCAUCGCUGCUAAUGUUGCUGCGUGGUCGAUAUCUAUUGGGUUGACUGCUGCGGUGUUGGCGAAGGUUGGAGUCAGUUUCCGGUUUGGUGGGUAUUGCCAUGUUAAUGUUGGGUCUACUUCGACUUACUGGGGUUGGAUGAUUGGGUUUGGCGCGAUCGCUCUGCUUUUGCAACUUGCAACUUUCGUCUACUGUGCUCAGGUUUACCUCAAAGCCGCCAUGCAUGGAAGACAGCCAAACUCGGGAAGCAAUGCGGCCAAUUCUGUCAAAUCAGCAUCCAGUAAACGUCAAGCCUGGACAGCCGUUCGUCGACUCAAGCAAGUUCUCCUUCUUCAAUGGCGCUCACUGGCGAUCGUCGCUCUUGCCAUCUUCGUCAUCGCAUUCGUUUGUAUCAUUUUCAUCUUCCAAGUUGACUCGUACACGACCACCGCAUUCGCCAACCCGACAAAGGUCAUCCCUUGGAUCUUGUGCAUCCUACAACAACGCGAUACCGACAAAUGCCUACCUUUGAUCCAGAAGCUUAUCCUUCCACAAAACACGGCAGUCGCAGUCUUAUACAUUAUCGGCUUCGUCGGUGUGGAGGCGUUCUUCCUGCUGUUCAAAUUCGAGAUCAUCAGAGCGUGGAUCAGAUUGAUCAAGUCGCCGUUUGAUGGCAGAAGGAACAGCAGUACUUCGUCUCAAAAUCCGAACUGGUUGGAGAGACCGCCGAAAUUUGUCAUUGGUAGAGGAAGCAUGGUUGCUGUCGAUUCACCAAGAGGUGCUGAGACGGAGAACGCGAGUAGAAUCGUGCGGCAGGAUUCGGUGGUUAGUGACAUAGAUGAGCACGAAAUUGUCGAUUCUGAGACGCGGAGGAAACAUGAUAUGGAGAAGCAGGACCAUCAUAUUUGA